CACCUCAUGCAUGGGGCCACCAUGUUGUGACCUCAGUGACGCCCCCAGACCAAAUGGCGUGGUGGCCGUUCGCUGCCGCGCCCCGCCGCCUCCGCAGACUCGCUGCCGUCGCCUUCUUCUCCGCAGCGCCCUCCCACGGCUGCCCGCUCCACGCCGAGCUCGCGCGCCGCGGCGCCCCCGCGGCCGCCUCGCUCGCCCUCUAUUCCCGCAUCCGCGCCGCCACGCCGCCCACCCCCUACACCUUCUCCCUCCUCCUCGCCGCCCUCGCCUCGUCCGCCUCCGGCGGUUGCACCCGCCUGGCCGCGCCCGUCGCCCACGCGCACGCGCUCAAGUGCGGCGCGCUCGCGCACCCCGUCGUCACCAACUCCCUCCUCAAGCUCUACUGCGCCCUCGGCCUCCUGCCCCACGCGCGCAGGGUGUUCGACGACUCGGGCGCCGCUCUGGACGCCGCCUCCUGGAACACCAUGGUGUCCGGCUACGGCAAGAGCGGCGACCUGGCAGCGGCGCGGGAGGUGUUCGGCAGAAUGCCCGGGCGGAACCUGGUGUCCUGGAGCUCCAUGGUCGACGCGCUUGUGCGUGCGGCGGAGUUUGACGAGGCGCUGCGGGUGUUUGAUCGGAUGAUGGGGGAGGGUUUCAAGCCGGAUGUGGUGGUGCUGGUGAGCGUGCUCAAGGCAUGCGCUCAUCUUGGUGCCGUCGAGAGGGGUCGGUGGGUCCAUCGGUAUAUGGAAACAGAGGGGUUUGCAGGGACGCAGAGGAAUGUCAUGGCCGAGACCGCCCUGGUGGACAUGUACUGCAAGUGCGGGUGCAUGGAGGAGGCGUGGCGUGCUUUUGACUCUGUUCGCUGCCGUGACGUCGUGCUGUGGAAUUCGAUGAUCGGGGGGCUUGCGAUGAAUGGCCAUGGCAAGCGUGCUCUUGAAUUGUUCCAAAGGAUGCACGAAAAAGGUUUUGUGCCAAAUCAGUCAACCUUUGUUGCUGCUUUGUGCGCGUGCACCCACACAGGUCGUCUGGACGAAGGGAGGAAAAUUUUCCAGUCGAUGCGGCAGCACGGGAUCGAGCCACAGAGAGAGCACUAUGGGUGCCUAGCUGAUCUCCUUGGGCGUGCAGGACGCGUUGAGGAGGCUGAGGCUGUCUUGUUGGAUAUGCCAAUGGAGCCACAUGCGUCGCAAUGGGGUGCGCUGAUGUCGUCAUGCCGGAUGCAUAAUGAUAUUACUGUCGGCGAACGGGUUGGGAAGCGGCUCAUUGAGCUAGAGCCACAACAUGGUGGUCGUUAUGCUGUUCUCUUCAACUUGUAUGCAGUCAAUGGUCGAUGGGAAGAUGCAAGAGCCAUUCGGCAGAUGAUGGUGGACAAGGGAGCGAAGAAAGAGCUGGGUUUCAGCUUCAUGGAGUGAAAUGGUUGCUCCAUGAGUUACACCCCGGACAAGCCAGAUCUAUGCACUCUUGUGACUGCUGGCGCUGUUCAGGUGCAACUUAUUCUUGCCUGGAGAAGAGAGUGGCAUAUGCACCUCAAUAAUGCUUGUCAGAGAAGCUACAGAAGCUGAUUUUCAAGAGAUGGUCAUGUUCCUCCAGCACCUCCCGACCAGGAACUGGGCACGCGCCACGAGCUCCGAGACGGUCCUCUCCAGGGCAUACAUGUGGCAUGCGAUGUUCAAGAGCUCGCUUGGCUAUCUCGCCAGCUAGGAGGACUAUGCGGCUGUUGAUCAUGCCUGGGAGCAGUCCAGAUUCCGUUGUACUCUAGACUCACACAUUCCCUUCAGGGAGGGAUCUUGAGGGAAUUUUAUGUUUGUUUGGAGUGCUGUAUUAUUAACAUCUGCUCCGAUUUGUAUAUCUUGCUGUGAUAAUGAAUAGAUAUGGCAUUGGCUCUCGAUUUCUUCAUAUUGCUCACAAGUUAGGAGGCAUGUUCCUGGUCGAGUUUGUGACAGCUGACAGUAUAAAUUAACUUGCUUGAUGGCAGCGCCUUAAUUUC